AUGGCAGUCGCGGCGCUGGACGCUGCUGCCGCACUGGCGCCGCUGGUUCGAGCGGCACCCGAAGGCGCGGCAGCGGGGGGCGCUGCGAGGCACGGCAUCGCGGCCGCCGUGGCCGCCGCGGCGCGCGUCGGUGCUGAGCUGAUCGGGGGCUGGGCUGCAGAUGGAGCUGGCGAUGAGGAGGACGCCGAGGCUUCGGGCGCCGAGCGGGCGACUCGGAACCUCGGGGCCCACGCCUUCCUCGGUGAAGUCGCCGAGGUCCUCGAGGCCGCGCUCGAGCGGCCGCGGGCGGGAUGGCGACCCAGCCUGGAGGCGAGGCGCCGCAGCAUGGCGCCGCCCACAGACGAGUGCGGCUACAACGGCGAUGCGAAGAACGACGAUGACGGGCACCAGCAGCACCUGCACAACCAGUACGAGAUCAAGUACGGCGUCGGCGACGACGAGCUCGAGGGUUACGGCAGCGAUCGCGGGCCCGAUGGGGGCAGGUUCGAGUCCAAGCCCGAGCUCGGCGAGUGCGCUGGCGACGGAGCGCAGGACGAUGAUUCCAGGCACGUCGACGACGACACCCUCGGCGUCGCCUGCACGGGCGAGGACGGUCUCGGCUCGGGCGAGGUGCAGGCGCCCCUCGGCACCCAGCGCGACGAGCCGAGCGAUGUGCAGGACGACGGCGAGUAUGAGGAGUGCAGGGACGCGAACCUGGGCGCUGGCGAUGGCGCGGCGUCGAGCCCCGUCAAACCAGCGUCGGCAAGGCAGCGGCGGAGGCGCGACCGUCGGCCCACGCGGGAAGGACCGACAGCGUCGGCCGCCGCACCGUCGAGCGCACGGGCACUCAAGGCGACGGAUGCAGCCGAGCCCGCCACGCGCACAGCAAGGAGAACGGCUGCGAGGCGGGGGAGGGCCACGACCCGCGGCACUGCCUUCGUCCUGGCGGAUCGUGUGCGGUCGGCGCCUGAGGCGGCUCCUCCACCCCUCGCCGACUCGCCUCUGGCGCGCAGUGGCGGCAGUGGAGGGGAGCUCGGGCGGGAUGGCGGCCCGAAGGCACCCAGCGCCUGCCCGCCGACCACGGCGCUGAAGGGGAUGGAGUGCGAGAGGGACUCGGCCGAUGACGAUGAGGCUGCAGAUGAUGAGCCUCUCGGCAGCGACCCGUCGGAGUACGCUGUCAAGCACGACGGGCGCACGCAGCCAGGUGUUGCACAGCAGGACCUCCAGGAGAUGGUCGGGAUCGGCUCCGCGGACCCCGCGAGGGAGGCGCACUUCGAGGAGGAGGGCACGUGGGCGGACUCCCAGCGGGUCCAGGAGCAGGAGUCGGAGGCCCAGGACGAGGCGGCCUCCGAGCAGCAGUCCGACGUCAACCAGAAGCGCGACUCCGAGCAGCCCGAGGAACAGCAGCAGUUCCCUUCGGAGCGGGCGGAGCUCGUGGCGCUGCGGGCCAGAUACAACGGGCUGAUGGCUGGGGUUCGCGCCGCCUUGAGCGCCAAGCUGCGCGCAGCCCGCGAGGCGCGCGGCCGGCCCUACCUUCUCGCACAGGGCCACUCGUCCUCGCUCCGCCCGGAGAGCCCCGGGCUCUCCGCGGAGUUCCUCGCAAAGGCCUCCCGCGGCUCCCGCCGGCCUCGUGCCAGCCCCGAGCCCCGCGCCCAAUCGGAGCUCGCCCGCCAGAGCCUGGCAGCCCCGGCUGCCAUCCUGCAGGACAGCAGCGGCGCGCCCUGCCUCGUGGUGGCGCCGCAGGCGGACGGCGGCGGCAUGCGGAUGUUCUCCCCCGCGGCGAGUGGGGAGGUGGAGCGCGCCUCCGUCGCGCGAGGCCCCCUGGCCGACUGCCCGCAGAGCACUACGAGCUAG